UCUUACGUCCGCAGAUAAGACGUAAAUACAGCCGGUUGGGGAACAUUAACUUCAUUCGUUUCGACGAUCUCAUCAUCGACUGAACUUAAAAAUGUCCGGUAGAGGAAAAGGCGGGAAGGGACUCGGUAAAGGAGGCGCCAAGCGUCACCGUAAAGUUCUCCGUGAUAACAUCCAGGGGAUCACCAAGCCCGCCAUUCGCCGUCUGGCUCGCCGCGGCGGAGUGAAGCGUAUCUCCGGUCUGAUCUACGAGGAGACCCGCGGUGUGCUCAAGGUGUUCCUGGAGAACGUGAUCCGUGACGCAGUCACGUACACCGAGCACGCCAAGAGGAAGACGGUGACCGCCAUGGAUGUGGUGUACGCUCUGAAGAGACAGGGCCGCACUCUCUACGGCUUCGGAGGCUAAACCACAACCUGACGACAACCACACAACGGCUCUUUUAAGAGCCACACACUACUUCUAAAGACACACUUCCUGAU